AUGAAAACCACCAACGAACCAUCCCUAUUAAAAUAUCGAGUAUCCAAUCUAUUAAAAUCUCCUAUAGAUUAUAGAACAAAAGAACAAGAAAAUAGUUUUAGAGGCUGAUGAAGACUAAUUCACUUAAUUUGCUAAUGCCCUCUCCAUUAUACAAAAAUUUCAUGAUGAUAUUAAGUCCCAAUUCCAUCCUUCUUCUUAACCUCAAAGAAGAACCAAGAAUGUAGUCUCCAUAUAAGCCAUCAAUUCAGAUUCAGAAAAAUCCAAUAAUUAAUCAUUUGCUAAUGCAAAUCCAGACAUUAAAGAAGAUCAAGACUUUAGAAGGUAUCUUAAUGAUUUAUAAUCAUAUAGACGAAUCCCUCACUUCUUUUUGUCUCGAUUUAAGAAAUGGGCUAAGAUGAUGGAACAAGAUGCAGCUUAUAAGUACCUACAGAAUGUAUAAGAAUCUAAGGUUAUUUAAAACAUAUAAUUUAUAAAGACAUCAAAAUAACAACGAUUUGAAUUAGGUGAUUUGCAACGAUGCUUUUAAGUUUAAGUCAAUGAACCCAAAGAAUCCAAAUUAUGUAAGAAUCUUCUUAAAGAUCUAUUUAUUUCAUUUCUAUAAAAUGAGGCCACUCUAUAGAUUAUUCAUUACAACAAAAUCAGUUCAAUCGAAUAAAAAGUACAAUAUGGAAUUCAUUCUAUCUUAGCACAAAUAUAUUUCUGAAAUUAAAAAUAUGAUCUAAGAAAUGUAUGAACUUAAGCCAUUUGAUUCAUAUUUAUCAUCUGAAAAGAUCAAAGGAAAGAGAAAUGCCUAAAACAAUAAUAAUCAAUCUCCAAUUAAAGAAAAAUAAGAAGAUUUAAGAGAAGAAUUUUAAAUACCUGAAAUGCAUGAAAAGUACUCUAAUGAAAGUUUUAAGAAAUAUAGUAAUGGACCAUCCUUAGUAAAAAUGAACAGUUUUUAGUGA